UGGUUUGACCAGGUGCCCAGGGGUGACUACACUCACAGUCAGCUCCACAUCGGUUGUCGGCUAUGUACUCAGGUGGCUACGGGGCUGAUGGGUUGGUUCUAUGUGGUUUGGCCCCUGAGGGAGCCAGGACAUGGUUACUGCUUGGCCCCUGAAGUCAGAGCCCUUCUGUCUCUGAGAACACACACUGACAGUAUUGGUGAGGCCAGGUAGAAAGGCCCAGAGCCUCAUCCAUAACUUGGUAAAGUGAUCCUCCUCGCUCGUGCCAAGGUCCCCUCCAGUCCUACUCCCAUGUUACUCCUCCCUGACCUCUGCAGAAGUACAGAGCUCUGGACUUUCCCUGGCCUAGUGCCCAGUGAUGCCCCUUUGGAUGCCAUUGUAGAGACUCCUUCUCCUGGCUCAUUGGACAGCACCACCUGUACCAGGCCUUUCUGGAAGGACAGCAGUAAUGACUGCCUACAACUGGGAAAACAGACCCAGAGCCAGGGAAUAGGUGACUUCACCCCAGACACUGCUGUCCUAUUUCCCUAGUCCCCCCCUCCUGACUGAGUGGUUUCCUGGAUUGCAGGGACUCCAGCAGGCAGCUGGCCUGGGAACAGAACCACAGUUGGGCUAUCCCUGAGAAACCUCUGGCGGGGCCCUUCUGAGCCAAGAGCUCUUGCCCUCUGGCUCACUCCUAGGAGUGUGCAGAAGGCCUGGCCCAGUCCUUAUGGGCCCUCUUCACCUCUACCCUGGCCAUCUCUCUGGUGUUUGUCGUCAUCCCCUUCUGCCGAGAUGUGAAGGUGCUGGCCUCGGUCAUGGCGCUGGCGGGCUUGGCCAUGGGCUGCAUCGACACGGUGGCCAACAUGCAGCUGGUGAGGAUGUACCAGAAGGACUCGGCCGUCUUCCUCCAGGUGCUCCACUUCUUUGUGGGCUUUGGUGCUCUGCUGAGCCCCCUGAUCGCAGACCCCUUCCUGUCUGAGGCCAACUGCUUUCCUGCCAAUAGCACAGCAAACACCACCACCAGAAGCCACCUGUUCCACGCCUCCCAGAUCCUGGGCCUGCACCAUGCAAAAGCCCAGCCUGGGUCCAACCAGACGGUCCCUGGGCUGCCCCCGAAGGGCGGGACUGAGGUCCGAGUGUCCUACGCCUUCUGGAUUAUGGCCCUUAUCAAUCUUCCAGUGCCCAUGGCAGUGCUGUUUCUGCUGUCCAAGGAGCGGCUGCUGACCUGCUUCUCUCAGAGGAAGCCCUUGCUCCUUCCUGCAGACGAGCUGGCCCUGGAGACUCGGCCUCCAGAGAAGGAAGACACCUCCUCACUACCCCCGAAGUUUCAGCCACACUCAGGGCACGAGGACCUGUUCAGCUGCUGCCAACGGAAGAACUGCCGAGGAGCCCCUUAUUCUUUCUUUGCCAUCCAUGUCACAGCAGCCCUGGUCCUGUUCAUGACGGAUGGGAUGACGGGGGCAUACUCAGCCUUCGUGUAUAGCUAUGCAGUGGAGAAGCCGCUUUCUGUGGGACACAAGGUGGCAGGUUACCUCCCCAGCCUCUUCUGGGGCUUCAUUACCCUGGGCCGGCUCAUCUCCAUUCCCAUCUCAUCAAGAAUGAGGCCGGUCACCAUGGUUUUCACCAAUGUGAUAGGCGUGGUGGUGACUUUCCUCGUGCUGCUUAUUUUCUCCUCCAACGUCAUUUUCCUGUUCGUGGGGACAGCGAGUCUGGGCCUGUUCCUCAGCAGCACCUUCCCGAGCAUGCUGGCCUACACCGAGGACAUCCUCCAGUACAAAGGCUGUGCGACCACAGUGCUGGUGACAGGGGCAGGGAUUGGCGAGAUGGUCCUGCAGAUGCUGGUUGGUUUGAUAUUCCAGGCCCAGGGCAGCUAUAGUUUCCUGGUCUGCGGCGUGAUCUUUGGCUGCUUGGCUUUUACCUUCUAUGUCUUGCUCCUGUUUUUCCACAGGAUGCACCCUGAACUCUCAUCAGCUUCUACCCCAGACCGACCGCUUGGAAUGGAGAACUCUGAUUACUACCAGAGGUGAAACCGGGGGCAGGUGAGGCUCCAGCCUCCUGAGCACCAACGCACCUGGACUGUGGAAGGCAGCCGAGGGUCGCAGUGGAGUGGCCUCUUCUCAAAGCCUUUGCUCUAAUCUUUUCCACUUGGACUCAGUUGGGCAGAAAAAAUUAAAUUGAGUCCCCAUUAAAUUUGCCUGGGGUCCUCCUCUGGCAAAUCAUUGGAUUUUCCUGGUGAUUCCAGUUACCUUCUCUUCCUCAGUUCAGACUCAGGUAGGGCCGUCCAGGAUACUGAGACAGGAAGGUAGAAGACAGCUGUGCACGUCACUUUGUCACUUUGUGCAUAGACUAUACCCUGGGUUUGAGGUCACUCUUAGAUGAAGUUUGAAAAACUAGGUUGACAUGGUAAAGCGUGUUGAUCGUUGCUCUUUGUGGAUGUUUUCAAUGGAUCAAAACCAACCCUGUUAUUCCCUGGCAUGUUCAAAAAGGACUGAUGUGCUUUCUACUUACUCAUGGUCCCAAGUUCCUCCCAUUCCUGCUGCAGAGAUCAAUGGUUCAUAUGUAUUCUAAGACUCAGAAGGAGAAGUUGAAUUGGGUUCUCUUUGGGACACUAAUUCAGUGGUAUGCUGGGCUUGCUCACGCCAGCUUAGAAAAGCUGAUCAGGUAAUAAAUAAUCAAAACUUACCACUGCCUAAUUUUAUUCUAUGGAGGCUCUUGAGAUCAUUCUGUCUGUAUUAUAGGGGUGGAGAGGUUACCAGGUGAUAAAGUGCUGCUGGGCAUCUCUUCCCAACUCCACCAUGUUGGCAGCUUGUGAUCAAUUAUGGUGGAAGUAUGUAUACCACUAGCAACUGGCAAAAGUUACAAAUUAGAGCUUUCCCCCACCCUGGGGAGCCAGUAGUUAAAUAUUUACCAGUAUACCACUGCUAGUAAGCAAUGCUAAUUGGUCCAGAAAUCCCCUGGGAGAAAGAGAUGGCCUGUUUUUCUUUUCUGUUUUUCUUUACUGGGAUGACAAGCAUGUAAAAAGGUAUAAAAACAGCACUAAGAAUUUCCAAACAUAUUUCACUUAAAUUUUACAUUUUUUUUUUUUUUAGAGGAAAAAACCUUUUAUACUAUGUCAAGGUCUUUUCUCUAACAAUUACCUGGGACUACUGAAAAAUUCUAGCCUCACAGUAUUCAGAAAGCAGUGUCUUAUCAAGGAAUUAGGAGUCCUAGGAAGGGGAGAGGCAGUAACAUAAAGUGAGAAUAUGAACUCUUCAACUCAGACAGGGCUAAGAGUACUGUGGCUUCUAGAAGUAUAAAAUAGCUGUUACAAGAACUGGUUUGCCUGUAUUUUCUUGAUGUAUAUACAAAUGUACAUGUAUAAAUAUAAAAAUCCCAAGGGCUGUAGUUCACAUGCCUGACACUGAAAGGUUUUUCCUGGAUCUUCAGGUGUUGACAAGUUAGCCAGCUCUGACUACUACCAACUGCAUAGCCAUGAGAUUGUGGCUGGAGAGAGAUCUGGGCCGAGCACUGGCCUCCCUUCCAGCUGUGUGACCCUGGGUGGAUCACAGAGGCUGUUCCAACCUCACUUUUUUUUAACCAGUAAAGUGGAAUUUCUAAAAGUACCCUACCUCACAGGAAUUCUGAAAAAAUUAAGGGAAUUUGUAUAAAGCACUUGCUAUGCCUGGCAUAACUUGCUUGAUAUACAUUAGGAAUUUUUAUUUUCAAAGCCUCCUCCUAAGCAUUUUAGAAAUUGUUCAUGUUUGGUACAUAUUUAUUGUUAAGUCAGAAAGACCAGACUUCUUUGGAAAGCUAGCAGUCUCGCGGUAUAGUUUUAACUAUGUUUGUAAAUACUUUUAAGAUUAGCCAAAUUCAAAUGUGCACUCUGACUGUAGUGACUGACCUGGCAAAAAGAAAGCAAUUGUAUUUUCUUGUGGUUUUGGGGAAAAAAAAAUCCUUUUUAUAGAGAUUUAGAAGGCAGAAUCAUUAACUAUAUCUAAGUUGAUCAUGAUUAAUUUGUUAAUAAAGAAAAUAAGAUUAAAACAAA